GGUCGCGGCUGGGUGCUGCGGAAGCACAGGCGGCCGGGGCCGCGUCCCUGUCGGACCCUGGGCAGCAGGAGGCGGAGCGAGAGCUCGUGCAGGGUGGCAUCCUCCGGAGCGGCCAUCGCCGGGGCUUCAUGGAGAAUCGGGGCCCGGUGCUGCACAUCGUGGUGGUGGGGUUCCACCACAAGAAGGGCUGCCAGGUUGAAUUUUCCUAUCCUCCCCUAAAGCCUGCAGAAGGACAUGACAGCCAAAGUUUGCCAGAGGAAUGGAAGUACUUGCCAUUUCUUGCCUUACCGGAUGGGGCUCACAACUAUCAGGAAGAUACUGUGUUUUUCCAUUUGCCACCGAGGUGUGGGGAUCGAACCACAGUCUAUGGUGUCUCUUGCUACAGGCAGAUUGAAGCAAAGGCAUUAAAAGUACGGCAAGCAGAUAUCACCCGGGAAACUGUACAGAAGAGUGUCUGUGUUCUCAGUCAGCUGCCUUUGUAUGGAUUACUUCAGGCGAAGCUGCAGCUCAUCACACAUGCGUACUUUGAAGAAAAAGACUUCUCACAAAUUUCAAUUCUUAAGGAGCUUUAUGAUCACAUGAAUAGUUCUCUGGGCAAUUCUUCACUAGAAGGGUCACAGGUUUAUCUUGGUCUGUCUCCUCGGGAUCUUGUUCUUCACUUUCGACACAAGGUGUUGAUCCUUUUUAAACUGAUUCUUCUAGAGAAAAAGGUGCUAUUUUAUAUCUCUCCAGUCAAUAGGUUAGUGGGAGCUCUGAUGACUGUCCUGUCACUCUUUCCUGGAAUGAUUGAACAUGGUCUUACUGACUGCUCACACUAUAGACCAAGAAACAGCAUAUCAGAGGAUGCUGGGUUGCAGGAAAAUACACCACAUUUAGGUGACCCUGUUUCUGCUGCUGAUACUUCAGAUACAACUUUGGGAAUGGGAAAGGGAAGCAGAAAGGUGGCAGAAAACCUUUCACUGGAAGGUCAAAAAACAAGCAUGCCUUUCUCCCCAUCAGAGAAGACUUGCAAUGGAGCUCAGUCCUCCAACAGUGCUGUGCAGCGCUUGAAAGUUCCUUCCCGUGCUUCUCCAGCAUCCUCUGAAAGUGACUGGGAGACCUUAGAUCCAAGCAUUUUGGAGGAGUCUAAUCUGAAAGAAGGAGAAGGUGAAAAUAUAGCAUCAGAACAGGCUGAAAAUAUUCUGAGCUCAGAAAGCCUUCCAAUCACUGUGCAACCCCAAGCAAAUACAGGACACGCAGUGCUUGUUCCAGGACUGAUUUCUGGGUUGGAAGAGGACCAGUACGGUAUGCCGUUGGCUAUUUUUACAAAGGGGUACCUCUGCUUGCCCUACAUGGCACUGCAGCAGCAUCACCUCCUGUCAGAUGUAACAGUGCGCGGCUUCGUUGCCGGAGCCACCAAUAUCCUGUUCCGUCAGCAGAAGCAUCUGAGUGAUGCGAUUGUGGAAAUAGAAGAUGCUCAUGUACAAAUCCAUGAUCCAGAGCUCCGUAAGAUCCUGAACCCAACAACUGCUGACCUGAGAUUUGCAGAUUACUUGGUGAAGCAUGUAACUGACAACAGAGACGAUGUUUUCCUUGAUGGCACUGGAUGGGAAGGAGGUGAUGAGUGGAUCAGGGCUCAGUUCAGUGCUUAUCUUCAUGCACUGCUUGCUGCUGUGCUGCAACCAGACAACGAAAAGACGUUGUCAGACUUUGGAACGGUGUUUGUAGCAGCCUGGAAAAACACCCACAACUACAGAGUAUGGAACAGCAACAAGCAUCCAGCUCUUGCAGAGGUAAAUUCUAGCCACCCAUUCCAGGGCCAGUACUCUGUGUCAGAUGUGAAGUUAAGAUUGUCACACUCUGUGCAAAACAGUGAACGUGGAAAGAAGAUUGGGAAUGUGAUGGUUUCUACUAGCCGAAAUGUUGUUCAAACAGGAAAAGCUGUAGGUCAGUCAGUUGGAGGAGCCUUCACAAGUGCAAAAUCAGCUGUGUCAUCCUGGUUUUCCACUUUUACACAGUCAACCCAAAACCUUGGGGAGUGAAUGACGGCUUUCCAUGAUGCUGCUGAAUACUUCAGGUGCAGUACUUUCUCUGAGCUCUAGAAAGACCGCUCCAAAACAUAGGAGUGGAGAUUAACUAUCCAGGACCAAAACAAGGUAUAUGUUGCUUGCAAGUAGACAUGAAAUGUUAUUAUUCAGCUUCUCUAGAAGUAUAGAAGAAUGGUGGUGUCUCCAUACAAUGGAUGGCAUUUCCAAUAUACUGGUUGUAUUGAAAAUGACUACUUUCCUUUCAAACUGAGCCUUUAUAAAGACAUUAGCAAACAGGGCUUGUGGCAAGCCAAAUGUGUUUGACUUUAGAUUUGUACAUUUUCUUGGAUGUUGAAAAUAUUUAUGUAAACUAGUUAUAUUUUUCAAUCCAAAUAGCCAAAUGUUGAUGAAUUCUUGUUAGAAAUAAGCAGAGUAUAAAUACUGUUUCCUCUUUCGGGUUGGACUUGAGAAGAUCUCUGCAACAAGUAUACAACAGGAACCCUCAAAGGGUUCCUUCCAAGCCAGGUGAAACUUUUCACCUGCAAACUAAAAUCAGAAGGGUGCAGAGUAAGACUGUGGCUUACUUAAGGGGUUUAUUUUUCCCUUUAUCCUCUGUACCCGUGUACAGUUGUUUGCAUUAUUCCAGCUCUCUCUGUCCCCAGAUAUGUGUGACAGUGGUGAAAUCAGUAUUUUCUUGACAUCAUGCAGUAAGCCUUCAUAACUUUGCAUAUGUUUUGGCUGUGUUUUUACCCUGGAAUGUAAAUGGAAUUCCAGUUGGCAAGAUCUCUUUGGGAAAAGGAUUACAAAACAAUUCUCCCAAAUUGGGAUUGGAUCAUAAGACAGUUUUGUGAGGUCUUGCUUUAUGGCAAUGUAAUUACACCAUCAGUGUAGUUACAUACAUACGAACACAACGUAUUAAACCUGCCUAAACCUACACCAGUAGCAAACUGUGUGGCUUUUUUAACCACUUUUUUUUUGUUACAGUAAAGUUAUGAAGACUCUUCCAAAUGAAAAUCAGCUCUGUCGAUUUUCUGUGCAAACUCAGGGAAUGUUCUGUUUGGAUUGCUACGUUUUUCAUAAGGAAAGUAACACUAAAAUUGAGAGAGGAACUGAAAUGGUUCAGUUCGUAUCCUUGUGUGAAGAAAUGUCAUAGUUUAUAUGAAAAGAUGUGGCAUAAUGCUGUAUUUUGUAUGCAACAUGCAUGAGGUGUCUUCUAUAUGCAAGAGUUUUCCCACUUCCUCUCUUUGUGUGCCUCUUUAUGCCUUCCAGCAUCCCCACAUGAGAGCUGUCAACAUUUUCUACAUUACAUUAUCAAAUGUUCCAACUUUCUGUAGUAAAAGGCUCUUGGUUUAUUGCCUCGUCAGUGUCUGUCAGCAUUUUGCCAUGGUCUUUUCUGGGGCCAAGAUUUCAAGUCAUGGUUAUUUCUUCUGUUCCUCAAAUAAAAGAUAGCAGCUGUACAAGAGGUAACCCAGAAGGCUUGAAUGUAAUUUGUUUUAAGAAUUGAAGUUCUGAUUUCCUUAGGUGCAUUUGAGAAGCCAACAGAAAAGCCACACUUGUAUCACUGUCCAACAAUUUAGUUUUCAGUUUUAUUGCUUCAAACAGCAAUUUGAAAACACGGGGUCUGGUUUAAAGCCUUCAUGAUUUUUUUUCCAGGACUAACUAGAUAGAAUGGCUGUGGAAAACCUGUGAGUGUACAGCUAGUAUGAGUAGUUUCAUUUGAGAAGGGCAAAAAAGGCCUCUAAAGCUCUACUAACCUACUGCCUCUGACAUACAAGUAAAACGUAUUUAUAGAACUGCUGCAACUAUUGCUCCUGGUCUCUGUGUGUAUUUGUGUAUCUCCUGAAACUCCUGAUGCUUUUGUCUGUUUUAUUCUACAACUCUGUAACAGAAUAGAAUUUAUAUCUUUUCAAAGACUAAGUAAUACUUGAUAGGCAGGAAGACCUCUGGUGAAGUAAGACUGGAGCUGAAUUUAUCCAUGAUGAGUCUGAAGCAUUCUGAUUCAGCAUGCAGAUAAGAAAAUACUCCAAAAUAAUCCCUUGCUUUUGUGAAAUAGCUAGCACAUAAUCUGCUCUCUGGGGCUUAAGUGGUCAGGCUUCAUGUUGUAAUGAAGACUGAGGAAAAAUGCAUAAAGGAUUUAAGCACUUAUAAAAGUAACUGCAGCAACUUAGGGCACACUGGGUAAAUUUAGGCUUAGGUGCUCACAACAGCGAGUUCUAGGAGCCAGGCAAGUGAUUGGUAUUUCCAUGUACAAGGUACAGAAGUGGGACCUUCAAGGAUGCCUUUUCAGUAUCUUUCUCAUCCUCACCUGAGUUUUUCUGUAGAAUUCUCCUGUGCCCCAAAUUUGUAUAGCAAAUUUGUUAUUGCUAUACAAUCUGUUAUUACCCUGCAUUCCCCUUACUCCCACAGACUCCCUUGCUGGUCCAGGGAUAUUAGGAAUGAUAUUAGAAAGCUGACCUGUUUUUUGGCUGUUGUUUUGUUUUGGUAGGUGGGUCUGAGGAAAGGCAGAGUGAGUGCCUCUGCAGUGCUAAGGUGAUACACGGCUGCUUGCUGCUUUGCACAGGGACUCUAAACGAUACUUCACAGUGUUUCUCUUAUGGACAAGAAGAUUGAGGCAGAUCUUUCUCUGCGGUCUUUUUCCCAUUGUCCCAGCUGUCUCUGUAGAGCCAGACACACAACCUAAUUUAAGAGUUUUCUGUUCUUCACAAAUGAUAGAAUAAGAAACUUGUAUCCAUUUUCAACCUUUUAAGAACUAUCAUGAUGCUAGCAAGUCAGGCUGUGAUUUUUAAAUGCAUACAGUGAUGAAGAGCAUGCAGCAGGUGGAGAUGAAAUGAUUUUUAUAAUAGGUGGUCUUCAUUAAUGUGUUCAUUUGCUCUUUGACACAUGUUGAACUUACUUUUGGGCAGUAGGGAGGCAUGUGGUCACUGAGGUUUCCCUAAACUCAUGUAGUCCUCUUCUUACUAACAGUUGUAAUCUCUAGUUAAAUCCAGUGCAAAUGCAAGUUAUUUUCUUCCCCUCUGUUUUCAAAUGUCCAAUGCAAGCAUUAGUUUUUAGAAAGAUUUAGGCAGUUGAUUUCCCUUUUAAAGACCCUGCCAUCCAUUUCUGCCCUGCAAGGAACACUGAGCCCUACAUCAAUUGCUGAUAGUGCCUCUAGUAAGUCAACUGUGAAGCUGUUGUUACAGCUCUGCCAUGACGUAUGUUGCAAAGGUAUUUCUGGCUGAUGAUGUGCAGCGUGAACUCACUUCCAGGUACUCCAGUAACACACCUCUCAGAUCCCCAAAACCCACAACACUAAGUAUUGUUGACCUAAUAUUUCAUUUCACUAAAAGGUUCAGCACUUCUCAUCAAUCAUUUUUAUGGUACAACCUUAACCCCUGUGCACAUCUGACACCGGUUCUCUCAAAUAUCACAAUGUGAUGAUCAGUUUUAGAUCAGUGUUCUAGUACAUUGCACUUGUUUGACCUUGUACGUGUUUUAAGCACCUUUGUAAUGAAAUUGAGUCUUUUGCCUAAACAAGCUUCUGAUUUCCAUACCAAUUACUAAGCAGAGCAACUAAUGUGGCAGUAUUUAAUGAUGAAAGUGAAGGCAUGAAUGCAGUUUUUAAACAUAAAAACUGUUGUUUGAUAAUGAAACAUUCAAGUAAUGUAUUGGAUUUUUUCUUCUCCUGCUUGAAAAAUAAAUACAUCCAGCCUGUUUAAAGCUC